AUGAAGGAGAUGGGCUUUGAGGAUGAAGUGGAUGGAGCCAGGACAAAGGACUGCAGCGGGGAUGGCGUGGAUGGCCAGAUCACACAGAAGGAUCUUGCUGGCACAGCAAAGGAGGCAGCCUUUACAAUGGGCAGCGAGAGUGCUCCACUGUGCAAGACCCUGCUCAUCUGCUGCACAGACGACCUUGAUCAGGACACCUUUAAAACUUGCAAGGAGCUUUUGAGACCCUUUAAGAAGUCACUUAGGAAUCUGCAUUUGCCCCAGGACCUCCUCACAAAGAAAAAAAUGAAGCGCAUGAAGAAAAGUUUGACUGUAAUUGGGGGCCGCAUUGAUCAGUUUCUCCAGCAGUACUGCAGAGCCUCUGACGUCCAGCACUGGCAAAAGAUGUUCUGGCAGUUUGUCUCCCUUUUCUCAGAGAUGGAUGCAAAGCAGCUGCAGAAGCUGUACAAAUACAUCAAGCAAAACCAAAUGGAUAAGUUUCUGGUUCUCACAACCGCAGAGGUCAGCAGAAAAGGAGCAGUCAAUUGA